AUGAGCUGCAGCUACCUUCUGUGCACCAUCCUCCUGUUCGUAGCUGUCCUACUCGCAGUCACGGUAACCGGCACCAUCCUCUUCAUGAACCACAACCAGGCCCCGCCCAUGUCCGACGGCCCUCCCCACAUCUCCACCAAUCAGGACGAGGCCAACGCCCUGGUCACCGUGGAAAGGGGCGAUGGCUCGCGCAUCAACAUAUUUAUUGACCCCAACUGUCCUGACUACAAUGGGAACUUCCUGCGCCUGGAGGGGGUGCAGACAUCGCUGCUCCACUCGCUGACUGACCACGACGCUGACCUGAAGUCCGUCAAAGGUCAGGACCGGGCACUGCUGGUCAAUCUAGCUGAAGAGGUGGCCAAACUGUCGGCCCAUGCUGGUCAGCUGAAAAUGGACUACGAGUCUCUGAGACGAGGCCAGGGGAGUUUGGGACAGGACCUGAACACAUUGCAGACAGAGCAAGGACGUCUCAUACAGCUGCUGUCCGACUGCCAGAUCAACAUGGUGAAGGUGGUGAACUCUGUGAGCGAUGCUCUCAACUCCAUGCAGAAGGAGACGGGUGGACUGAAGGCUCGUGUCAAGGCUGACCUACAGCGGGCACCGAUCAGAGGCGCUCGCCUCAAAGGCUGUGCCAACGGAGAUGGCUCUCGUCCUCGUGACUGUGGCGAUCUGUAUGCUAACGGGCAGAGGGAGGAUGGCAUCUACUCUGUGUUUCCCACUCACUACCCCUCCGGCUUCCAGGUCUACUGUGACAUGACCACGGACGGAGGGGGCUGGACGGUGAUCCAGCGAAGGGAAGAUGGCUCAGUCAACUUCUUUAGAGGAUGGGACUCUUACCGCGAGGGAUUUGGAAAAAUCACUGGAGAACACUGGCUCGAAAAGGUCAUCCCAUCUUUUGCAGCGGCUCGUUAA